AGUCCAGAGAGCAGGGAUGAACUUAUCCGUGUGGAUUCUGGCAACUCCGGCAGGGAGGGCUUCAGCAGACGCUGAGGGAAGAACUUUCAAGCAGAGCCGGGUCUCUUCAGGAGUGACUGCAGCAACCCUGAUGCUUGGAUGGAGUUCAGGCAGGUGAUGGUAGUGAAGACCUUGCCAACAGAUUGAGUGCUGGAGAAGGACCCCUUUAGUGGGGACCCUGGAGCCAAGGCUAGGCUGGCAGGCCCAGCCACCACCAAUUAAUCCAUGAGUAUUGCCCAGCGUUGAGCCUGGAGCACCUGCCAGCCCCUGGCCAGAGUCCUGGGUGUUCUGGGAAAAACCCCUAAACCUAGUAACUCCUCUCCCUACUAGGCCUCUUUGUCGCUGAAUCGCUGGAAUUUAGGGGCCAGCAGCUUUCUGAUCCAGGUCAGCCAGAGGUUCACAGUCCCUCACUUUCCCUCCCCCUGCCUGGCCCAUCUCUGGCCUGGCCCCUGGGAGGAUUUUCCUGGGCCAGAGGGCAGCAGAAAGCACAGAUGCCCACCCCAGCAAUGUUCCCGCCACCUGCCCAGGCUAGUGCCCUGUGCCCAACCCCAGAGGGUGCGGGAUGACAGACUCUGACAAUCAUUAAACCAGCCGGGCCUGAUUUCCCAGCACCGCCUGCUAAGAUCCGGGCCAAGUGGCACUGAAUAUGCAAAUCACCUGGGGCCAGGAGCCCAGUCUAAAGGCCAGGAAAUCCCCUCCGUCCAAUGAGCCACCAGCUCAGGUUACUGCAGGGGAUGUACUAUAAAGGCCUGAGCUCAGGGAGGAGCUCCCUCCAGGCUCUAUUUAGAGCCAGGUAGGGGAACGCAGCGGCCAGACACCUCAGCGCUACCUGGCAGAACUGGAUUUCUCUCCCACCUGCGGCUUAAGCCUGACUGCCAGCCUGCCUGCCACAGCCGGACUCCACCACUCCGGUAGCCUCAUGGCUGCAACCUGUGAGAUUAGCAACAUUUUUAGCAACUACGUCAGUGCGAUGUACAGCUCAGAGGACUCCGCCCUGGCCCCUGUUCCCCCUGCUGCCGCCUUUGGGGCCGAUGACUUGGUGCUGACCCUGAGCAACCCCCAGAUGUCAUUGGAGGGUACAGAGAAGACCAGCUGGUCGGGAGAACAGCCCCAGUUCUGGUCGAAGACACAGGUUCUGGACUGGAUCAGCUACCAAGUGGAGAAGAACAAGUACGACGCAAGCGCCAUUGACUUCUCACGGUGUGACAUGGACGGGGCCACCCUCUGCAAUUGUGCCCUUGAGGAGCUGCGUCUGGUCUUUGGGCCUCUGGGGGACCAACUCCAUGCCCAGCUGCGAGACCUCACUUCUAGCUCUUCUGAUGAGCUCAGUUGGAUCAUUGAGCUGCUGGAGAAGGAUGGCAUGGCCUUCCAGGAGGCCCUAGACCCAGGGCCCUUCGACCAGGGCAGCCCCUUUGCCCAGGAGCUGCUGGACGACAGUCAGCAAGCCAGCCCCUACCACCCCGGCAGCUGUGGCGCAGGAGCCCCCUCCCCCGGCAGCUCUGACGUCUCCACCGCAGGGACUGGUGCUUCUCGGAGCUCCCACUCCUCAGACUCCGGUGGAAGUGACGUGGACCUGGAUCCCACUGACAGCAAGCUCUUCCCCAGAGAUGGCUUUCCUGACUGCAAGAAGGGGGAUCCCAAGCACGGGAAGCGGAAACGAGGUCGGCCCCGAAAGCUGAGCAAAGAGUACUGGGACUGUCUCGAGGGCAAGAAGAGCAAGCACGCACCCAGAGGUACCCACCUGUGGGAGUUCAUCCGGGACAUCCUCAUCCACCCAGAGCUCAAUGAGGGCCUCAUGAAGUGGGAGAAUCGGCAUGAAGGCGUCUUCAAGUUCCUGCGCUCCGAGGCUGUGGCCCAACUGUGGGGCCAAAAGAAAAAGAACAGCAACAUGACCUAUGAGAAGCUGAGCCGGGCCAUGAGGUACUACUACAAACGGGAGAUCCUGGAACGGGUGGAUGGCCGGCGACUCGUCUACAAGUUUGGCAAAAACUCAAGUGGCUGGAAGGAGGAAGAGGUUCUCCAGAGUCGGAACUGAGGGUUGGAACUAUACCCGGGACCAAACUCACAACCACUUGAGGCCUGCAAACCUUCCUGGGAGGACAGGCAGGCCGGAUGGCCCCUCCACUGGGGAAUGCUCCCAGCUGUGCUGUGGAGAGAAGCUGAAGUUUUGGUGUAUUGUCAGCCAUCAUCCUGGGACUUGGAGACUAUGGCCUCGCCUCCCCACCCUUCUCUUGGAAUUACAAGCCCUGGGGUUUGAAGCUGACUGUAUAGCUGCAAAUGUGUCUCCUUUAAUCUGGUGCCUCCUCAAACCCAGUCUCAGACACUAAAUACAGACAACACCUUCCUCCUGCAGACACCUGGACUGAGCCAAGGAGGCCUGGGGAGGCCCUAGGGGAGCACCGUAAUGGAGAGGACAGAGCAGGGGCUCCAGCACCUUCUUUCUGGACUGGCGUUCAUCUCCCUGCUCAGUGCUUGGGCUCCACGGGCAGGGGUCAGAGCACUCCCUAAUUUAUGUGCUAUAAAUAUGUCAGAUGUACAUAGAGAUCUAUUUUUUCUAAAACAUUCCCCUCUCCCACAGAGUGCUGGACUGUUCCAGGCUCUCCAGUGGGCUGAUGCUGGGACCCUCAGGAUGGGACUCCCGGCUCCUUUCUCCUGUGAAUGGAGGCAGAGACCUCCAAUAAAGUGCCUUCUGGGCUUUUUCUAACCUU